AUGAACAUUUCGUUCUUCUUUUUUACGUUCUUUUUCGUGCUGAUCUUCGAUGAAACGCUUGCGAAAAGCGGUGGCCACGGCGGCCGAGGUGGAGGCGGUCGUGGAUCGAGUGGCGCUCGGAGCAGCUCGUUCUCCAGGUCCAGAAGCUCUGGCGGAGGAAAGUAUCAUUCUUCGUGAGUACUCGAAACAAGUCACAUGAUUCGUUCACAAAGAUCGAACAAUAAACUUCAGAACAAGUUACUCUUCCUAUGUGCACUACGACUCGUCCGCAUUCCGAUCCUCCGUCCUCGAGAAAUCCUCACCGUCAGGACCAUACUUCACCACGAGCACCUCUGGCCACACUUAUAUUAUCAAUCAACCCUCCACUCCAAUCAUGUGAGUCGCUGUUUUCCCUUUAUGAAUACUCCAUAACAUCCUCAUUAGCUAUGACAAUCACCACUACUACUGGCACGGACAUUAUCACAGCGGGCCGACAAAGAGAACAGUGUGUGAGUAUGCGAUCAGUGACGAGGACGGGUGGCUCAUGAACGUGACGUAUUCGAAUGGCACGAGCCCGAAGGCAUUGGUGUUUGAGUGCGGAAAUUGGGAAAAGUGCUGUGGAAUGGGUUGCUGCAACUCUGUGGGCGACUGGAUUGGAUUGUGAGUUUGCCAUUCCACAUUGCACAGUUUCAAACCACUUUUCAGCGCAAUCUGGUUCAUUUUUGUAAUCUUCGUCGUGACAUACAUCUGCUGCAAAGACUAA